AUGGCAGUCAGACUGUGUGAUGUGGCUUCUCUGCUUAGAAGUGGUUCGUGGGCAGCAGAGCCUUGGACUGGGCAGGUAAUUGCUGCCAUGGAAACACAACUGUCUAAUGGACCAACUUGCAAUAACACAGCCCAUGGUUCAACCACCAUAAACAAUUGCUCAUCACCAGUUGAUUCUGGGAACACAGAAGACAGCAAGACCAAUUUAAUAGUCAACUACCUUCCACAGAAUAUGACACAAGAGGAGCUGAAGAGUCUGUUUGGCAGCAUUGGUGAGAUAGAAUCCUGCAAGCUUGUCAGGGAUAAAAUAACAGGACAGAGCUUGGGUUAUGGUUUUGUGAACUAUGUUGACCCCAAGGAUGCUGAAAAAGCUAUCAACACUCUGAAUGGAUUGAGACUUCAAACUAAAACCAUAAAG